AUGCAGGACUGGUCGACACGUAAUACCGUACUCAUGUGGUUGAGGCUGUUGGGUCUGUUUUGUGUAUCUUUCGUUGUCAAGCAGGCAUCAGCUUCGUUUAAUUUGACUAUCCUACACACUAACGAUAUCCAUUGCCGUUUCGAAGAGGCCAACAAACUCGGUGGGGCGUGCAAACAACGAGACUCGGAGGAUGGCAAUUGUUUCGGUGGAUAUGCCCGUCUGGUCCAUCAAGCUCGAAAAAUUCGUGAACAGCAUCCGGACACAAUUUUUUUAAAUGGCGGUGAUUUCUUCCAAGGCACCAUAUGGUAUACCAUCCAUAAAUGGAAGGCCGUCAGCCACUUCGGUAACUUGCUCAACUUAACGGCCAUGUCUCUUGGCAACCAUGAAUUUGAUGAUGGCGUGGCGGGGCUGGCACCGUUCGUGAAUGCAGCCAACCAUCCGGUGUUGGCAGCAAAUAUCGACACAAGCAGAGAACCUUGGCUUCAUGGGAAAAUUCCAAAAUCAGUAGUCGUCCAAGUAGGUGGACACAGGGUAGGCAUCAUUGGCUACCUGACGGUUGAAACAUCGUACAUCUCCACCUUGGACGCAGUCAAAGUCUUUGACGAAAUUCAAGGCGUUCGAGAAGAAGCAGAACGCCUUAAAAAGGAUGGAGUCAAUAUUCUAAUUGCAGUCGGUCACGCGGGUUAUCUCAAAGAUAUGGAAAUCGCUGAACAGGUGCCAGAUAUCGACGUGGUGGUAGGCGGUCAUACCAACACAUUUCUCUGGAACGGUCCGGCUCCGUCCAUCGAAAUUCCACAAGGUCCAUAUCCGACCAUGGUGAAGCAACCGUCUGGGAAGGAAGUGCCCGUCGUUCAGGCAUUCGCCUUUGGCAAAUAUCUGGGCAACUUGAUGGUGACUUUUAACGACGAUGGAGAUGUGAUCGCUACUGCUGGCCUACCGAUUCUCAUGGAUAAGACCAUACCUCGAGAUCCACACGUCCUGCAGGAACUGAUCCCAUUUCGAAAAGAAGUCGAAGCUUUGUCAGAGAAAGAAGUUGGAAAAACGCUCGUCUUCUUGGAUGGUAAUCGUCUGUCCUGUCGCAUGGUUGAAUGCAAUCUUGGAAAUUUCAUUGCUGACGCCUACGUUGAUUUGUUCACCAAGUUUGCAGGCGAGGGUCAGUGGAGUAAAGUGGCUAUCGCUCUCGUCAAUGGCGGCGGAGUCAGGGCAUCCAUCGAUGAGCGCGCCCAAAAUGGAUCCAUCACGUACGGUGACCUUCUUUCAGUCGCUCCUUUCAGUAAUACAGUAGACAUCGUCAAAAUCAGCGGUGAAACGCUGAAGAAUAUUUUCGAGUUUACAGUGCAUGAUUACGAUCCAUCAGCUCUGGAUCCCUUCGGUGGAUUUCUGCAGGUUUCAGGUCUCCAAGUUGCGUACGACAUAGCUAGGCCCAUAGGUGAUAGAGUGGUAGAGCUUUUGGCACGAUGCAACAAUUGUCGUAUUCCAGCCUACAGUCCGGUCCAGCCCAAGGAAAUCUAUGACGUGGCGAUGCCUAGCUUUUUGGCCGAUGGUGGCGAUGGGUUCGAUAUCAAAGGCAACAUCACUGAGCACACUUUGACUGGUAUAUUAGAUGCGGAUGCGAUCAUACGUUAUAUGGAGAGAGUGCCGUCCAUCACAAUCGGUUUGGAACGUCGGAUUCGUUUUGUCACCAAAACUUACCCCUCAUCCUGUGGUGAAGUUUUCGGCAAAAGGGUAUCAGCAGAAACUUCUGGAUCGACAAGCACUUUGAGUUUCAUAAAUUUCAACAUUUUCCUAGUUUCAACAACACUUUCAACGCUUUCAGUAACAGCUUUUUAACAUCUAGAAAGAACAUUUAUCACCUUUAAAUUGUUGACCAUUAAUCAAUUGUCACUUUUCACCAGUUACCUCUUUGUU